UCGCAAACUCGAUUCUUCUUUCGCAGUUGCAUUAGCAGAAGAGAAAACCCGUGGGAUCUGCGAGGAUUGGAAAACUUUUACACGAUUCUGUUUAUGAGCGCUUGGUGUGACGCUGUUGAUUUCAUUGGUAACUGAUGGAAUCACACGGUGGAUUAAGGGAUACGUCAGUUAUUGUGGUGACAUUGGAUUCCGAUGAAGUAUACAUAAUCACGAGCCUGAGCACUAGAACGGAUACUCAGGUCGUGUACGUGGAUCCAACGACCGGUGCGCUUCGCCACGAGGGCAAGCUAGGGUUCGAUGUGUUUAAGUCUGAGAAGGAAGCUUUGGAUUUCGUUACCAACGGAUCGCGAUGGAUAUGUAAGAGCAAGGUUUAUGGGAGAGCCAUAUUAGGUUAUGCUGCAUUGGGUAAUUUCGCGUUGCUCCUUGUGGCGACGAGGUUAACUACCAGCAUUCCCGAUUUGCCAGGUGGAGGUUGUGUGUAUACGGUGGCUGAGAGCCAGUGGAUCAAGAUUUUGUUGCAGAAUGCGUUGCCACAGGGGAAAGGUGAGGUGAAGAAUAUUCAGGAGUUGACUGAGGUUGAUAUAGAUGGGAAGCAUUACUUCUGUGAGACAAGAGAUAUUACCCGCCCUUUUCCCAGCCGCAUGAAGGUUGAUCAACCCGACCCGGAGUUUGUUUGGAAUGGCUGGUUUUCCACCCCCUUUGUCGACAUUGGAUUGCCACGUCAUUGUGUCACUCUCUUGCAGGGGUUUGCAGAAUGUCGAAGUUUUGGAAGCUCAGGUCAACUAGAAGGUAUUGUUGCUCUCACAGCUCGUCGGAGCAGGCUACACCCGGGUACUCGUUACUUGGCGAGGGGGCUAAACUCAUGUUUCAGUACAGGAAAUGAAGUGGAAUGUGAGCAACUCGUAUGGGUUCCUAAACGAGUUGGUCAAAGUGUACCUUUCAACACAUAUGUCUGGCGAAGAGGCACAAUUCCUAUCUGGUGGGGUGCAGAACUGAAAAUCACUGCUGCAGAAGCUGAAAUUUAUGUUUCAGAUUGUGAUCCUUAUAAAGGAAGUGUGCAGUACUAUCAAAGACUGAGUAAGAGAUAUGAUGCUCGGAAUCUAGAUAUACAUGCUGGUGAGAAUGCAAAUCGAAAAGCUUUGGUUCCCAUUGUAUGCAUUAACUUGCUUCGUAAUGGAGAAGGAAAGUCUGAGUCCAUUUUGGUUCAGCAUUUUGAGGAGUCUUUAAACUUUAUUAAAUCAACUGGGAAGCUUCCAUAUACUCGUGUCCAUUUGAUAAAUUAUGACUGGCAUGCCAGUAUAAAAUUAAAAGGUGAACAGCAGACAAUUGAAGGGUUAUGGAAACUUCUAAAAGCACCCACUGUAUCCAUAGGCAUAUCUGAAGGAGAUUAUUUGCCUUCACGACAACGAAUAAAUGAUUGUAGAGGUGAAGUCAUCUGCCAUGAUGAUUUUGAAGAUGCAUUCUGCUUAAGAACCCACCAAAAUGGGAUAAUACGUUUUAACUGUGCUGAUUCUCUGGAUAGGACCAAUGCUGCUAGUUUUUUUGGUUGCCUCCAAGUCUUCAUGGAGCAAUGUAGACGGCUGGGAAUAUCACUUGAUAGUGAUCUGGCAUUUGGUUAUCAGUCAAUGAAUAAUAAUUAUGGUGGAUAUAUUGCUCCACUGCCACCUGGGUGGGAGAAGCGAUCUGAUGCAGUGACAGGAAAAACAUAUUAUAUUGACCAUAAUACCAGAACCACCACAUGGAUGCAUCCAUGUCCUGAUAAACCAUGGAAGAGAUUUGAUAUGACAUUUGAGGAAUUCAAGAGAUCAACGAUUUUGUCUCCUGUAUCUCAGCUUUCUGAUCUUUUUCUACUUGCUGGGGAUAUUCAUGCUACUCUUUACACUGGGUCUAAAGCAAUGCACAGCCAAAUACUUAGCAUAUUCCAUGAAGAUACAGGAAAGUUUAAACAGUUUUCUGUUGCACAGAAUAUGAAAAUCACUUUGCAAAGAAGAUAUAAGAAUGCAGUUGUGGAUAGCUCUCGUCAAAAGCAGUUAGAAAUGUUUCUUGGAAUGAGGCUUUUCAAGCAUCUUCCAUCAAUUUCUCUUCAACCUCUACAUGUACUGUCUCGGCCAUCUGGUUUCCUUCUCAAGCCAGUUGCAAACUUAUUUCCUAUUUCUGGUGGUGAAGCUAGUCUUCUUAGUUUCAAGAGCAAAGACCUAGUCUGGAUUUGUCCACAGCCUGCAGAUGUAUUUGAAAUCUUUAUUUAUCUUGGCGAGCCUUGCCAUGUUUGUCAUCUUCUUCUCACAAUAUCCCAUGGUGCAGAUGAUUCAACUUAUCCAUCAACAGUUGAUGUACGGACAGGACGCCAUUUAGAUGGGCUUAAACUGGUCUUGGAGGGUGCUUCUUUACCAAAGUGUGCUAGUGGGACCAACCUAUUAAUACCCUUGCCUGGGGCAAUUAGUGAAGAAGAUAUGGCCAUAACUGGAGCAAGCUCUCGUCUACAUGCCCAAGAUGCAUCACCCUUGUCACUACUGUAUGAUUUUGAGGAACUCGAGGGAGAGUGGGAUUUCCUUACUCGUGUAGUGGCACUUACCUUUUAUCCUACUGUUUCUGGAAGAAAUCCAUUGACACUUGGUGAGAUUGAAAUCCUUGGAGUUUCUCUUCCGUGGAGGGAUGUAUUUACUAAUGAAGGUGAUGGUACAAGAUUAAUUGAGCAUGUCAAGAAGUUUCAAGAGGAGCUUAAUCCCUUUUUAUCUGGUUCAGAUAUGAAUCCAUCUAACCCUUCAUCCACAGUAAAUCUGUCACCACCUGAGCAAGGAGGUACUUCUGCUGACCUUUUGAUUGACCUCCUGUCCGGAGAGGAUCCACUUCCACACCCACUCGCACAGCCAGUUACUGAAAUUGUCGCCUCCAAGGAAAGUGACCCACUUGAUUUCUUGGACCAAGAUGUUGGAUAUCAUAGUGCCAAAAGGGAUUGUAAAAUUCCAUCAGAAGAUACUAGCGUGGAACAAUAUUUAAAAUGCCUGAAAUCUAUUGCUGGGCCAAGUUUGCAAAGAAAACUUGACUUCAUUGAAGCCAUGAAACUUGAAAUUGAACGCCUUAAGUUGAAUCUUUCUGCUGCUGAAAGGGAUAGAGCACUACUAUCCGUUGGAAUGGAUCCUGCAACCAUAAAUCCUAAUAAACUGCUCGAUGAAGCUUACAUGGGAAGAUUAUCUAAAGUUGGAAAUACUCUGGCACUGCUUGGAGAAGCUUCUCUUGAAGAUAAACUUAUUGCUGCUAUAGGUCUUGGGACUGUUGAUGAUAAUCCAAUAGAUUUCUGGAAUGUUAUCAGAAUUGGGGAAACCUGUUCAGGUGGCACGUGUGAGGUGCGUGCUGAAAUUAAAAAAGCAGGUCAUUCAAUUAACAAAACGUCAGCUGCUGGGGCUCCAGAACCUGUAUUCUUGUGUUCUCAAUGUGAAAGGAAGGUUUGUAGAGUUUGCUGUGCUGGGAGAGGGGCACUUCUGCUUACAGGUUAUAACUCAAGAGAGGCAAUGAAUUACAAUGGUGCAUCAAGCCAAAGUGGCCAAGUUGACUUCCCUAUGAAUCGAUUAUUAGCUCGGGAUGGUGUAAUUUGUAAACGAUGCUGCCAGGAUAUUGUGCAGCAUGCAUUGAUUUUGGACAAUGUGAGGGUUCUGAUUAGCUUACGAAGAACAGGUUGUGUGGAAAAGGCUGCUUGCAGUGCUUUGAAGCAAAUCAUUGGGUCAUCUUUGGAUUGUCUCCUAGAAAAGAAUCAGGCAUCUGAUAGCCAGUCAGCUAGCAAAACAGUACAGCUGUUACCAAAUGGAUAUGAAUCCCUGGCUGAAUUUCCUUUUGCCAGCUUUUUACACCCGGUUGAAACGGCAGCAAAUUCUGCUCCAUUUUUGUCAUUGCUUGCUCCAUUUAAUUCUGGCUCGUGGCUAUCAUAUUGGAAAGCUCCAUCCAGUACCACCUCUGUUGAAUUUGGAAUUGUCCUUGGUAACAUUUCUGAUGUUAGUGGGGUUAUAUUGGUAGUCAGCCCAUGUGGCUACUCUAUGGCUGAUGCUCCAAUUGUGCAAAUUUGGGCAAGUAAUAAAAUACACAAGGAAGAAAGAUCAUUUAUGGGAAAAUGGGAUCUACAGUCUAUGAUUAAGGCUUCCUCAGAUUUAUAUGGGCCUGAAAAGUCAGGAACAGAGCAUAAAGUGCCUAGACAUGUAAAGUUUCCCUUCAAGAAUUCUGUUCGGUGCCGCAUAAUUUGGAUAAGUUUACGCCUUCAGCGACCUGGUUCAAGUUCUAUAAAUAUUGGAAAUGAUUUUAAUCUGUUGUCUCUAGACGAGAAUCCUUUUGCACAAGACUCUCGACGGGCCUCUUUUGGAGGAGCUGCUGAAAAUGAAACCUGUCUUCAUGCCAAGAGGAUUUUAGUGGUUGGAAGCCCCAUCAGAAAGGAAGUUUAUCUAAAGUCACAGCAAAGCCCUGACCAGCUGAACCUGAAAGGAUGGUUGGAAAGAGCUCCGCAGCUAAAUAGAUUCAAGGUUCCGAUUGAGGCUGAAAGAUUGAUGGACAAUGAUCUUGUUCUGGAGCAGUAUCUAUCUCCUGCUUCCCCCUCGCUUUCUGGAUUUCGUUUAGAUGCCUUUAGUGCAAUCAAGCCUCGGGUUACCCAUUCACCUUCUUCAGAUGUACACAAUGAAAAAUUUUCAUCCCUUUUGGAUGACAGAUACAUUGCUCCAGCUGUGUUGUAUAUUCAAGUAUCUGUUCUCCAGGAAUACCAUAGCUUGGUAACCAUUGGUGAGUACCGAUUACCAGAGGCCAGGGUUGGAACACCAAUGUACUUUGAUUUCCCUAAGCAGAUACAAACUCGCAGAAUUUCAUUCAAACUACUUGGAGAUGUUGCAGCUUUUACAGAUGACCCAUCAGAGCAAGAUGAUUCUGGUACUAGAAUUUCUCCGUUGGCAAUAGGGCUAUCAUUGUCCAAUAGAAUUAAGCUGUAUUACUAUGCUGAUCCAUAUGAACUUGGGAAAUGGGCUAGCCUAGCAGCAGUUUAAUAACACGUCGGUACUUCGGUUAUUGACAUUGAUUGAUUGUGUAAACUUUUUCACAUUUUGUUGUAUUAUGGUGUGUAAAGUUCAUUCAUUGAUGUAAUAAUUUUGUAGGAUUAUUCUAUUGGGAAAAUUAGUAGUGUUAUUUCUAGCCACUUGUGGUUUAUCUUAAGCCCAGAUAGUUGGAAAGGUGAGAGAGUUUGGAUUGAGGUUGGAAGUUCAAUUGUAGUUGUUCUUUAGUCUAUCACAA